AGGUGUGUUCCUGCAGACGCAGAAAUGCCCACAAGCAGGAACGCCCCGAUUUCCGUGCUGCAAUUGCAUACUAGUACACUAGGUUGGAGAGGCGCUUGUUCACUCCCAGGAUAGAUGAUUCGAGCCUAAUUCUGGGCUGGACAGGAAACAGGAGACGCAUAGCGUGCCUCACGCAACAAUCCUGAGAACGAGGAUGGGAGUAUGUAUGUAUGUGUUUGCAUGCCGAGCUGUUAGUUCAAAAAAUAUGAGGACAACGGGCACUACAAUUCUCUCAACUGAUUCACAGAAGCGUGUUAUUUCGACCAUUACUGCCUUUGGUUUUCAUCAUCCAUUGGGGUGAACACAGAAGAGGAGCCGCUGUUAAAUCCCAAUUUGACUGACAUAAAAGCUUGGUCCUGACUGUUGCGUUGGCUUCAUUUGACCUCCUUUGACCUGAGUGGGACGAAGGGAGAGACACACCAGAGAUGGCAGAUAUGUCUGACGACGAGCUGGACCACGGGGGAGUGGAGGAGGACAGUGAUAAGGAAGACCAGGACCUGGACAAAAUGUUUGGAGCCUGGUUGGGAGAGCUGGACAAACUCACACAGAGCCUGGAUGAUGGGAAGCCACAGAAGCCAGUCCAGAAGGCCCCCCUCAGACAGGAAACCAACAUGGCUAACUUUUCUUACCGCUUCUCCAUGUACAACAUCAAUGAGGCUCUGAACCAGACGACAGAGACCGUAGACCUGGAUGCCCUGAUGGCUGACCUGUGUUCCAUCGAACAGGAGCUCAGCACCAUCGGCAAGCCCAACACCGGCACCGCCCGCCAGGCUAAAUGUCAGCAGCGAGGCCUGGGGGGUCGCGGCGCCAGUGCCAAGCAGACUGCCAGCGGUGGAGGGGGUAGCAGCGGGGGCAGCACCAGCAGUAGUACCCGGGCGUCACCGGCCUCCACCGUCCGAGGGGGCAGCUCCAACUCCCACGGGCGCCCGUCGGCAUCAAACCUCUCGCUGGACGACAUCACGGCCCAGUUGGAGCAGGCGUCGCUCAGCAUGGAAGAGGCGGCGCACCAGACUUCGUCUUCCUACUCCUCUGCCACCCUCCGGCGCCCCUCGGCGGGUUCCUCGCCCUCGCAGCACCGGAGGACGGGCUCGGUGGGCGCGGUCAGUGAACACGAGGCGGGGGGCCACUCCUCGAGGUCCAGCGUUAAUUCUGCGUCCGCGUCCAGCAUGGACUCUCUGGACAUCGACAAGGUGCUGUCUCAGACAGCAGGAGGGGCUGAGCAGGACGGGGAGUCCCAAGGGAGUCCCCAGCCACCACAGGUCCCGGCCAGCACCGAGCACUCCUAUCUGGACAGAGAAACGUCCCUCAUUCUGAAAAGCAUUGCAGGGAAGCCUUCUCACCUGCUGACCAAGGAGGAGCAGGGGGCCAAAGUGAAGGCCGAGAAGAUCCGAGUGGCCCUGGAGAAGAUCAAAGAGGCUCAAGUCAAAAAGCUGGUGAUCCGGGUGCACAUGUCGGACGAGAGCUCCAAGACCAUGAUGGUGGAUGAGAGACAGACUGUCAGACAGGUGCUGGACAGCCUGCUGGACAAGUCCCACUGUGGCUACAGCCCCGACUGGUCGCUGGUGGAGACCAUCAACGAGCUGCAAAUGGAGCGGAUCUUUGAGGACCAUGAGAACUUGGUGGAGAACCUACUGAAUUGGACCAGAGACAGCCAUAACAAACUGAUGUUCAUCGAGCGCAUCGAGAAAUAUGCCCUCUUCAAGAACCCCCAGAACUACUUGUUGGGGAGGAAGGAGACUUCUGAAAUGGCCGAUAGGAAUAAAGAGGCCCUACUAGAGGAGUGUUUCUGUGGCAGCUCAGUGUCAGUACCAGAAAUAGAGGGAAUCCUCUGGCUGAAGGAUGAUGGGAAGAAGUCGUGGAAGAAGCGAUACUUCCUGCUGCGCGCAUCAGGAAUCUACUACGUACCGAAAGGCAAAGCUAAGGCCUCCAGGGACCUGGUAUGCUUUCUACAGCUGGACCACGUUAAUGUGUACUACGGCCAGGACUACCGCAGCAAGUACAAGGCCCCCACAGACUACUGCCUAGCCCUUAAGCACCCCCAGAUCCAGAAGAAGUCCCAGUACAUCAAGUAUCUGUGCUGUGACGACGUCAGGACCCUCCACCAAUGGUUCAACGGCAUUCGCAUCGCCAAGUACGGGAAACAGCUGUAUGUGAACUACCAGGAGGCCAUGAAGCGCACGGAGGCGGCCCACGACUGGUCCUCCCUCUCCACCUCCAGCAUCCGCUCUGGCUCCAGCUCCGGCUCCGGCUCAGCCAGUCUGCCCGAGUCCCAGUCGAACCACUCGGGCCAGUCAGACAGUGGAGUGGACACGGCCUCCAGCCACGGGCGCUCCCAGAGCGUGGUCAGCUCCAUUUUCUCUGAGGCCUGGAAGAGAGGAACGCAGAUGGAGGAGAACACCAGGAUGAGGGAGUCCACCCGAGGAGCCACCCUCCCCCACCCUGCCCACACGCACCGCCAGACCCCACAACUGGAGCCCCCUGCGUUGGCUGCGCCACAACAGCAGCCGCCUCCCCCAGACUCGCAGCAGCUACACCCACGCUCUACCCCCAAGCCACAGGGGGUACCUCCCCCACUUCAACAGCAACUGCCCCCCAGAUCCGCAGCAGUUACACCCAGGUCUUGCCUACCCUGCCCCAACAGCCCUCCCCUCCACCGCCCCAACAGCCCUCCCCUCCACCGCCCCAACAGCCCUCCCUCCACCGCCCCAACAGCCCUCCCCUCCACCGCCCCAACAGCCCUCCCUCCACCGCCCCAACAGCUACCCCCCACAUCCGCAGCAGUUACACCCAGGUCUUGCCUACCCUGCACCAACAGCCCUUCCCUCCACCGCCCCAACAGCCCUUCCCUCCACCGCCCCAACAGCUGCCCCCAGAUCUGCAGCAGUUACACCCAGGUCUUGCCUUCCUUGCACCCACAGCCCUCCCCUCCACCACCCCAACAGCUCCCCCCCCAGAUCUGCAACAGUUACACCCCUGUCUUGCCUUCCCUGCCCCUUCCCUCCACCGCCCCAACUGCCCUUCCCUCCACCGCCCCAACUGCCCUUCCCUCCACCGCCCCCCUCCACUGCCCUUCCCUCCACCGCCCCAACUGCCCAGCCCUCCACCGCCCCCCUUCCCUCCAAAUUCCCACCGCCCCACAGCCCUUCCCUCCACCGCCCCAACAGCCCUUCCCUCCACCUGCCCCAACAGCCCUUCCCUCCACCUGCCCAACAGCCCUUCCCUCCACCUGCCCAACAGCCCUUCCCUCCACCUGCCCAACAGCCCUUCCCUCCACCUGCCCAACAGCCCUUCCCUCCACCUGCCCAACAGCCCUUCCCUCCACCUGCCCAACAGCCCUUCCCUCCACCUGCCCAACAGCCCUUCCCUCCACCUGCCCAACAGCCCUUCCCUCCACCUGCCCAACAGCCCUUCCCUCCACCUGCCCAACAGCCCUUCCCUCCACCUGCCCAACAGCCCUUCCCUCCACCUGCCCAACAGCCCUUCCCUCCACCUGCCCAACAGCCCUUCCCUCCACCUGCCCAACAGCCCUUCCCUCCACCGCCCCAACAGCCCCUUCCCUCCACCGCCCCCCUUCCCUCCAACAGCCCUUCCCUCCACCGCCCCAACAGCCCUUCCCUCCACCGCCCCAACAGCCCUUCCCUCCACCGCCCCAACAGCCCUUCCCUCCACCGCCCCAACAGCCCUUCCCUCCACCGCCCCAACAGCUGUCCCCACAGCCCUACAGCAGCUACAACCAAGCUGUGCCCCCGCCACCCCCUCCCCCGCCACCACCCCCUCCCCUGCCGCCCCUGCCUGCCAGCAGCACCCCUCACCACUCGGGCCCCACAGUGUUCGCCAAGUACAGCACCAUCACCCGGCUGCAGAACCAGAACGCUGCCCACCAGGCUGCCAAUCACCACAGGGCGCAAAACAACCACCAGAGCCCACCCAGGGCGUCAGCUCAAGCCCCACCUCCUCCCCAUCAGACGGCUGUCAAACCGCUGGUCAAUAACAUCAACGUCCCGCCUCCCCCGCCGCCCCCUCCCCCGCCCUCCAUGCCUGCUCUGGGGUCGGCCAUGGCUGCACUCCGGCUCGGUUCCCCCAGCCCUGCCUCCCUGCCCCAGUUCAUCCCACCACCGCCGGAGAGCAACGACAUCCCCCUCCCCCUCCUCCUCCACCGCCCCCAGACCCGAUGCCAGGUCUGUGCCCAUUACCCUACGGCGCCAACGCCCUCCAGCAGGCACUGGCCCAGAAGUUCCCCAACGGUCCCCCCAGGGCCUCUUUCCCCCAGCUGCCAGACUGGUAGAGUCGCCCCUGGCACCAUCUCCUCCCCCGCCACCUCCCCUCCUACCCCACCGCCUCCCCAGAAGCUCUCUGUGCCUCCUCCCCCACCACCUCCUCCCCCCCACCUCCUCCUCCCCCAACUCCUCAGCAGCAGUACUCGCCCGCAGCUGCUCCCCCCCUGCCCUACCCAAAACCUUCUCCCCAGGCUUUCUGCUCCACCACGGUGCCCGGAAGCCUCUCUACCCUGUUUCCCCUCUCCCCCGCCCCACCUGCUACCCCUACUCCUCCCCCACCCCCGCCCCCUCCUCCUCCGGUCAAUGAAGAAGCAGCACAGCCUCCAGGUAGUCCACACUCCCAACCAGCCCCCUCCCACAUUUCCCAAGCAGCACAGCCUCUCCAAGCCGCCACCCAUGUCAUUCAUGGCUCCGCCCACCACUACCUCCCUGGUCAAACAGAUGGCAAGCCAGUUCCCAGGGUCCACACUGUCAACCAAUCAACUUGAGAGCCCCAAAGCCCCCCUUUCCCCUCCCGCGGUGAAGGCCAAACCAAGAUGGCAGCCAGGCUGUGGACAGGCCCAGCAACAGGCCUCUGAGUUCCCUCCACCCGCUUCUGAGAGCAGCCUGUCUUUCCCUCCUCCUCCCCCUCCUCCUCCGCCCCCACCUGCUCCAGUUACCGGCCUUGCCCCUCUUGCUCCACCUCCCCCCCCAUCACUGGCCCCACCCCUCCGCCUCCCCCUCUCCCCCGGCAACCUAUGCUCGCCCCUGAAGACAUCUCCAUCGGGCUCCUACACACCUUCUUCAGGCUCCUCUGGCUGGGGGGGCAGGAAGCCCCCGCCUGCCACCCCCCAGAAGGCCUCCAACAUCAAGUCUAACUCCUCGGCUGAAUACCAGGAGUCCCGCAGGAACCUUCUCAGCAAGUUUGCCCCCCAGUCCUCUUCCCCCUCCACCUUCCAAUCCUUCCCUGCCGUGUCCUUGGAUAGUUCUCCCUCUAAGGACCCCUCCUUCUCCCCGGCCGCCCCCCCGGCGCCCCCCAAGCCAGGCAAGUUAAACCUGGCCAACCUGGCCCUUCAGGCCAAAGUGGGUCAAGUGGGCCAGCAGCGUCAGUCCACCGCCGACUUCCCCUCCCUUCCAGCGGAGUGCGCCGUGGCCUACCUCCCCACUCCCCCACUGGCUUUUGAUCUCUUCCCCCCUCCUCCACUGCCCAGUGACGGCCACGUCGGGGCACCUAAGGUAGCAGUGGUCAACCCCAGCCAAAAGUACCGCCUGCCCUCCCGGUCCCCCUCCCCCGCCACCAUCAACUCCUCCUGGGGCAAGGGCUCCCUGAAGAAGGCCCCCCCCAUGCUGCAGAGGAACCAGCCGUCCCUGCCUCCCAAGCUGCCCCUGCCUACCUCGCCCCCCAAGGGGAACGGUAACAACGGCGCCCCCCAGCCGGGCAACUUCAUGGACGACCUGAACCGGACUCUGAAGCGCAAGUCGGUGAGCCGGCAGGGCUCGCUCUCCUCGUCCCGCCUGUCCGGCCCCAAGCUGGAGCCUGCCGCGGGCACCAUGGACGACAUGGAGUUGGCACUGGCCCCUCCACCGCCCGAGUUGCUGUCAGGGGGGAACAUCUCAGGCUAUGCAACGCUACGGCGGGGGCCCCCACCGGCCCCACCCAAGAGGGGGGGCAACACAAAACUGACACACUGACCAGGGUAGUGGUAGAAAAGGAGACUGUUGGAUGAUGCCUACUUUACCUCUCUUGGGGAGGAGUUUCUAUCUAUCAUAUCUAUCACACAGGACCGUCAGUGGACAUUGACAAACUGGACUCCUCGUGUUCCAUGAUUAUGAUGGUGAAUAUUUAACCAUGUAAAUAAGGAAACGCCAAACCACGUAUCAGCUUCUUCGCCAUAUGUUUGUGCCACGUAGUCAGAAAACCAAUAAUAACGACGUUAGGAUUCAUUCUGCAUUGGUACUGCAUGGACAUGCUGUAAAACAUGACGCUCUGUGUGUGUGUGUGUGUGUGUGUGUGUGUGUGUGUGUGCCCGUUUUGUGUGCGUACCCAUGUGUUUUCACAUGCAUCCAUGUGUGUGAGAGCGAGAGAUAAAGGGGAAAUGGGAGACAGCCCAUAAAGGAAGGCCUCUGUAAUAGGGAUUAUUAUUUUGCCUCUGGUUUUAUAUGUAGUUAUUUAAUACGUGAAAGGAUUUUCUUUAGAGUUACGUUUUUAAAAGCUGCAAGUAUGUUGGAGAGAGGCGGAUAAGAUCAAAAAACUUGAAUCAAUGAGAAGAAUUCUCAGAGAGUUUUGACAUUUCCUAAGUAUUCCCUGAAUGUUUUGCAAGUGUCUCACGCAAAUCGGAAGGACGCCUUUUUUCACAGACGAUUGCACUCUCUCGAAGGAAUCUCCAAAUGGGGGAAAAAAGGAGAUUCUCUCCUCCCAAAGGCACGAAACCAUGACUGUGCAACUGGAAACAUUUGUGACUGGGAAUCAUUUUUUUGUGAAUUUUUUUAUUUAAUGCAUACAAUUUUUUUUGCUUAACUGAAGACUGGAACGGCACGUCGUGUGUAUGUCUUUCGAAUGCCCUGUGGGUUGUGUGCUGUGUUUGUUUGACCUUUGACCUGGCCGGCAUCUGAGUCGGGUUCAUUAGGCACCAAGCAGAAGAAACGGACUGUGAAACAGGGAGGGACUCACUGGAUUUGUCCAAUUGGAAACACACAUUUUAGAUUUUCGUUGGGGACAUGCUUUAAAACGUUUGGUGCUUAAUGAACAUCUGCUUCUGUUUAUCUGUACAGUAACAGCUUCUGCUCCCCUCCCAUCGGCCCCUGCCGCCUUUAGAUUGUCACAUGACAUGGCCUAAAAUCAUAGAAAUAGAAUGUACAGAGUGGGGGCAGCUUUGCUCCAGGUGCCGUUUACCAUAUACUCAGUUAUUCUCAACAUGGUGGCUAAAAUUAAAGCGACACGUUGUUGCUUUAAGGUACUGAUCAUUGAAUUAUGUUGUCAGUCGCAUUAGACUAGACCUGACUGGCUAAAUUAAUUCACAAAUUCCCGUCUGGCUCGCAUUAAAAUUGAAUGUUGCUUUCUAUAUCCUGUUUUUAUGGCCUAAACAUCCCAGUGUGGUGCAGUUUCCUGCUUCUCCUGCCGAAGUGCAGUGCAGAGAGGAGGGGAAGGGGGGUUCUCGCAGCAAUGCCUUCAUUUCAAGGGUGCUAGUACUUAUUGUCCUAAUAAGCCUGGAUAUCAAGGUGCUGACAUCUUAAAAGUUGAAUCUAGGGUUUGUCCCCAAUCCUCCACUCUUCUCCGGAAGUGUGGCCAUCCUGGAUUGGAUUGAUAGAAGCUUUAGCUUCGGUUUCCACCAUUUUCAGCAAUCGAUACAGUAUAGCGACCAUAACCAAAUAAAGCUGAAUGUCCGUACUGAACUCAAGUGGACCAUGAAUGUUGAGGGACCACUGCUAGACGCAUAAAACAUGCUGUCAUAUUAAUCUUGCUUAUAUCUACAUUGCUUCUGCUCCGUAUUGGUGAAGUUGGCUCGAGACGCUGAUCUUGGGUCAGUUGCACAUUUUUGCAGGUUGGGGUGAGGGAAGCUGAUCCUAGAUCUGUACCUAAGGGGAAACUUCACCCCAGAGCCUGUGCAUUUUCAUGAUUGAAUAUCAUCCUUUUCAGGUUGUUGGUUAACAGUAUGUCAAACUGAAGUAGGCAUUAAAUUAUUGAAGUGUUGUGUAUCUGAUUUUGGGGGCCAUAUGAAACUAAAUGAAUAAAACGGGGGGGAGAUUGCAGACUAAAUGUCUCUACUUGCCCGAAGAUCACAAUAUAAAUGUUGGUAAUCAUA